AAUCCAUCCAUGCACGUGUAGCAUAUGACAACCUUGAAGAGACUUCAAAACAGCUAACUAGCUUGUGUCUCACAGGAACCCGACUCUGCGAUGCCAGUAACAAGACUACUAUAUCCUCUCUACCAGCUGGGCAACCCUCAGCUGAGGAUCUUCAGACCCAAGUGGUUCCUGACCCUGGUGAGGCCGGGGACGGAGCUGCCUCCUGAUACUGCCCAGUUUCGCGUUCCAAUGGAAAUGACCAAGUAUGACAUAAAGAACUACCUGGAGAACAUCUAUAACGUCCCCGUGGGAGCAGUCCGCACAAGGAUACAGUAUGGCUCCAACAAGAAGAGGAAUCACCUAAACCAGAAGGUUAAGAAGCCUGACUACAAAGUAGCCUAUGUUCAGCUGGCCCAGGGCCAGGCGUUCACCUUCCCCGAUAUCUUCCCGGAAAAGGAGUCCAAGCCAGAGGAGGGUUCCGUGGAAGAAAUGCAGAACAAGUUCAUGGAGGAUGAGAAGCAGAGGCAGAAACCCGACCCCAGGAGAGGAGGGGUUACCGAGUGGUUCGGACUUUGAGACGGCCUUUUGACCGAGAACUCUAUUGGUUUAUAAUGCCAUAUUGUGAUGUCACUUCUAUUUCUGUAAGAAACGCAAGUAUGUAGUAAAGAAUGAGCUUCUGCGUGGGAGGCCAGCGACGUGUGUGUGUGUACGGUCGUACGUGUGUGUGUGCGCAUGUAUUUGUGUGUGUGUGUGUGUGAGAGAGAGAGAAAGAGAGUUUGCAGGGCUCCAGUCCAGUAACCGGAGCCAGAACAGAAUCACAGGAGGAGGAGAGUGGCCCUGCUCCAUCUUUCAUGAAAACAGCCCACCGUACAGACUCUGCAUCACCUCAGAUGACCUCUUCUUUUCCUUCCCCUUAUUCUUCCACCUCCUGGUUUUGCGUCUCACCUUUAGCACCUGUACUGUAGCAUCUCCCACUUUUCCCCUCAGAAUUUAGCUUUCUCCUCUCCUCUGUUCCCUCUCUUGUCCUUCCGUCUGCUUGUCCCUGUCCUGGCCCUCUUCCUCUGCCACACUGGGGAGCCCUACAGUGUCACGUCCCUACAAGCCCUGAAUCUUGGCCAGUUGGAUCGGCCUACAUGGGCAACCCACAUCCUUACCCCUUUUAUGAGUUUGCCUCAAAUUAAUUGACCACUUUAAGUAAACAACAAUUGAGAUGUUGUUUCAGAAAGCAGCGACAUGGAAUUUGCUCGAGUGUUUUAUUAUAUUGUGGCAGCAAAAGAGUGUUCAGUGUUGGUGUGCGUGCGUGUGUGAGUUUGACUAGGAUGCGGAGCUCUGCCAGUGAAUCGGUCGAACUGUAAGUGCUGUUGGAAUAAGAACUAAUAAACGGUCACUUGUCCAAAA